AUGGCUGUGUCAAAUGCGAUAAUUUGCGCCUGUUUACUUUAUGGGUUUAAACUUAACACCAAAGCUGCAGAAGCUUGUCGUAAGAUAUGCGCUGCUUUUAGGAAAGGUACCAUAGCAGAACGGACGGGUCAAAAGUGGUUCAAAAAAUUUUCUUGUGGAAAUGAAAACCUUGAAGAUGAACCAAGAUCUGAAAGACCAUCCACCAUCAACAACGAGGAUAUCAAGCUGGCAAUCGAGCAGAAAUCCAGCCAAACAUGUCAGGAUCUUGCCUUAAGAUUUAAUGUGAGUGAUGAAACUAUUCGUUCACAUUUGCACCAACUUGGAAAACGUUUGAACUUGAGCAAAUGGGUACCUUAUGAGUUGAGUGAAACAAACAAGCUACAGCGCUUACCCAUCUGUUCUUCAUUGCUUUCCCACCACAAUUAA